AAGAUGAAAUUGCAGAAGCAUAUAUGGUUGUAGAAGAGAGUAAUGAGCAAGAAUUAGAAGAAGAGGAUGAAAAUCGAGUGGAUAAAAAAGAAGCUGACUCGGCUCAGCUUAACGAAGAGAUAUUCGAAGCAAGUGCUCAACCAACCACUGUGAUUUCAUACAAAAAGGUGGGAACUGCUUAUCGAAGAAACCUAGAAUACGUGGGCCCAAGUAAAUCGUAUGGCAAUACCUACCAAGUAUAUUAUUACCCAGCCAAUUUCGAGCAUCUUGCGCUGGAAUUAUUGGAUCGUAGAAAAGCAAUCUACCUAAUGAAAUACUAUAGGUUUAAUCUAGUAGCGUUGAAAUCCAAAAAGUUGUUAAAGUUGAGGGAUUGGAUAACUGCUGGGGCCAAACAAGAGUUAAUUAGAAGAGGAUACUUACGUGAUACAGGAAUUGACCUAGGAUAUAUGGAACCGCUGAAUAUCCAAGCAAUCGAGGCCAAAAGAGCUGCCAACCAAAAAAGUGACCGAAAGCCGAUUAACCUGGAAUCGAUAGAACUAGAAAGCAAAAAUUAG